UGUUACAAUGUAUAAAGUUUUAGCUGAAGGGUUUUUCCCCCAACAAAAGACUUUCUGUUGUAGCAUUUAAAUGUAAAUGCCCCUCUUAUCACCUGCCCAGCUUCCAUGGAGGGGGGGGGGGGUAGGUUUCACUAUAUAUUCCCUCCCCAGGCACAUUCCCUCAGUCCUCUGUCUGUCCUCCUCCCCUCUGGUUCAUCUGCUGGAUUUCCUGCGACCCCCUCUGUCUUCAUCAGCUUGCACCAUGGUUUCCAAUGAAGGAUGUUCUGAGGGGACCCCAGGCCCCAACUACGAUGCCAGAUCUACCGUAUGCCUGCUGGACGCGGACGCCACUGAUGAUCUGCACAACGCGCCGCUGGAUGCGGACCGACUACUGGCUCUGCAGGGUUCAGAACUCAACUGCGUUGUUGAGAACAUUCCGGAAAAAGAAAUUCACACCAAUGUGCAGAAUGACCCCGGCCAUCGGUGCAGCGGCCGUCAGUGCAGCGGCCAUCAGUGCAUCAGCCCGCAACUUCCCUACAGGAUCUUCGCCUUGGGACUUAUCUGCCUUCUCAUGGCGGUCGGAUUACCCCCAUUAAUGUACAUGCUGUACCAAGACGUACAUUACAAGAAUUUGCUGCAGACGUUAAUAGAAAGAUUGGACGCUCAGAGCCAGAUCCUCACACAAAUGGCGGCCAAUCGGAACAUUGCUGGAUAUAACCCCGGAGGGCCGUGAGCCGGGGGCGGGGUGUCGGAGUUCCUCUUUCGUCUUUCCAACUCGGAUCCCAAAAGAAAAACAUUUUUACAAACAGCCGGCCACACAUCUUCCAACCUGAUUGG